AUGUUUCUAAACUUAUUAACUUCCAAUAGGAGUGCAGGCAGCGGCAAAACAGGCUACAGCAAAGGCAGCGGCCUUCGCUCCAUAGCUCAAGGCAGUGCUGACCAAGCCAACAGCGCUGUGGCCAAUCAGCAGGCGGCUGCCAAACAGGCUGCUUAUCAGGCCAAAAACCAAUUGGCCCAAGCGGCUUCCCAAGCUGCGGCCACGGCCAAGCUGCUCUUCAUGGUACGUAAACAAGUGCUUUUAGAAGGAUUAGAACAACAAAGUGAAGAUGCUCAUCAUGCAUUGGAAGCAGAAAUUGCUCAACUUCAACAAGCGAAGAGAUCUGCUAAGGCUGCAGCAUAUGCAGCUCAACAAGCUCUAAACCAGGUAAAUGUGAUUACUGCUGCUUUGAACACUGCCCAAGCAACUGCUGAACACAGCCAGCAAGCUGCCCAAGAAGCUGCCGCCGAAAUGGCCUCUCAAACCGCAAUGGUUGGAGCUGCCAAAAACCGCGUUGAACACAUUGACGAACAAUUGCACCAAGCUAGAGUGGAUUUUCAGGCAACUCAAGAGGCAGCCCAAAACGCAGCUAAUUCGGCUCAAGCUGCCCAGAACAACGCAGCUGAGGCAGCUGUUCACGCCACCGUCGGAUUACACGAAACCAACAACCAAGCUGAUCUCCAUCAAGCAUCAUAUGAAGCCGAACAGGUCAGCUCUUAUUAUGUCAAACCCAAGCAUUUACACGCCGUUAGUGAACACUCAGCUGAAGCAGCUAACCACAACUACAACUAUAAACCUGCUCCAGUUUCCCAAAAGCACCACAAACAAAGCAUCAUCAUCCAACACCACCCUCACCUGAUGCCAGGAUACUGA